AAUUUCACAGGGAGAAAUAGAGGAUAAAGCUGUUAUCUUUCUAAUUUUCUUUCCUGAGAAAUGACAUAACAAAGGGAUUUACAUUUUUAAUUUUGUAUUAAUUCUUUCUUCUUUUAUCUCAGUGGAUGUAAGGGUCUUCCGUUUCUCUUAUUAUAUAUAUAUAUAUAUAUAUGUAUAUAUAUUAUACUACUACUUACUAGUUCAUAUCUGUGUGUAUAUAUAUAUAUAUGAUAUUCUGUUGCUGAAAGACCCCAAUAUAGUCAUCCAUCCACUGGUGAAAUCUUUUUUAUUCAAAUUCUACCCUUCAAAUUGAGUAUUUUGGAAAGAAUUGAUAUAAAAAGAAAACAUAUUUUAUGAUUAACAGUGCAGAUUAAUAUAUAAUCUGUAAUUUCUAGUACUUCUGAAGUUAAUCCCUUUUCCUUUAAUACAAUUUACAUAUUUGAUUUGAAAAAUAAAUUAAAAAAAUGGCUGGAGGAGGAUUUGUUGUUGAAGGAAGAGGAAGGAAUUAUGAAGGAGGAGUGACUGGUUUCGUGAUAGUGACAUGUUUGGUGGCCGCCAUGGGAGGUCUUCUGUUCGGUUACGAUCUUGGAAUCUCAGGUGGGGUUACUUCAAUGCCAAGUUUCUUGGAUCAGUUUUUCCCAUCUGUUGUUAAGAAGAUGAAAAGUGCCCAUGAGAGCGAGUACUGUAAGUUUGACAGUGAACUCCUUACUUUGUUUACCUCUUCUCUUUACCUUGCUGCUCUCGUCGCUUCCUUCGCCGCUUCCGUCGUCACCCGUAAAUUUGGUCGGAAACCAUCCAUGUUCUUUGGAGGUCUUUCCUUCUUACUUGGUUCCAUUCUUAAUGGUGUUGCUAAUAGCAUUGCUCUCCUCAUCAUUGGUCGAUUGUUGCUUGGUGUUGGUGUUGGUUUUGCCAAUCAGUCUGUCCCCGUUUACCUUUCUGAAAUGGCACCAGCCAAAAUCAGAGGAGCUCUCAAUAUGGGCUUCCAAAUGGCCAUUACAAUCGGCAUCUUGGUGGCAAGUCUUGUCAAUGUCGGUACAGCCAAAAUCGAAGGCGGAUGGGGAUGGAGAGUCUCACUCGCUCUCGCCGCGGUCCCCGCCGUGAUGAUGACCAUCGGAGCCAUCUUCCUUCCUGAUACUCCCAACUCCAUUCUCGAAAGAGGAUUCACAGAGAAGGCCAAGACGAUGCUCCAAAAAGUUCGCGGUACCGAUAAUGUGGAAGAAGAGUUCCAAGACCUUAUGUAUGCAAGUGAAGCUGCAAAGAAAGUAGACCAUCCAUGGACCAACAUAUUGAAGCCACAAUACAGACCCCAACUCGUGAUGUGCACCAUAAUCCCAUUCUUCCAACAACUCACCGGCAUUAACGUUAUCAUGUUCUACGCUCCUGUUCUAUUCAUGACUCUAGGAUUCGGCGACGACGCAUCUCUAAUCUCGGCCGUCAUCAGCGGUGGUGUCAACGUCCUUGCAACCUUAGUUUCCAUCUUCACAGUGGACAAAUUCGGACGCAGAAUCUUGUUCCUCGAAGGUGGAAUACAGAUGUUCAUCUGCCAAAUCCUAGUGGGAACCCUAAUCGGAGUGAAAUUUGGACUGAAUGGAGAAGGAACUCUAUCAAAAUUCGACGCAAACCUGAUUCUAUUCCUGGUGUGCACAUACGUAUCGGCAUUCGCUUGGUCUUGGGGACCAUUGGGUUGGUUGGUACCAAGUGAAAUUUGCCCGCUGGAAAUUCGAUCAGCAGGACAGGCAAUAAACGUAUCAGUGAACAUGUUCUUCACGUUCAUCAUCGCACAAGUGUUCUUGGCGAUGCUUUGCCAUAUGAAAUUCGGACUGUUCUACUUCUUCGCAGGGUUUGUGUUGAUAAUGACGGUGUUUAUCUAUUUCUUCUUGCCGGAGACAAAGAAUGUGCCGAUUGAAGAAAUGAACAGAGUAUGGAAGGCACAUUGGUUUUGGGGGAAGUACAUUCCUGACGAGGCAGUCAUUGGCGGCCCUGUCGAGCAGCAUAACAACGAUGUUUGAAGAACAAAUCUAUAAACCUUCACCCAAAAAAAAAAAAAAAAAUGGAGAAGAACAAGAUAGUAUUUUAUUGAACCUAUUAGCCUCAUGUCUUUCUUUAUUUACAUUUAAUUUCUAUUUUGUUGAGGUCCUAGCUCUUGUUUUUCUCCUUGUACAUUUCUACUUUUAUUUGUAAAUUAAUUUAUAAUUAUAUUAUAUAUUUAUCUAGUUAA